UGUUGUCUGCAUUCAAGCAAGAGAGAAGGAAAUGCAGCAAUGAUCAGAGGACUGGCUGCUUUGAUUUUGCUCAAUUUACUAACUGUGGUUCAAAACCUGGAGCUUCUUCAGCAGAUCUCAGCUGAACUUGGGGACAAUGUGACUCUGACUUGCUUAACUUCUGGUGUUGAUCAUGGUUUAUUCUUUUGGUACAAGUUUCAGUUUGGGUACAGGUUCCAAAUGGUCAGUUCAGGCAAUUUUGGUCAACUAAAACUGGAGCAACAAUUUGAUACCCCAAGAUUCAAUAUGGUGAAUGUAGGUAAUAUAUAUUCCCUCAACAUAAGAAAUAUUAGCAAAGAGGAUGAAGGCAUGUACAUCUGUCAGGCAGGAGCAGCCUACAAACUCCGCUUCAUCAGUGGCAAUCGUUUGAUGGUAAAAGAUCCAAAAAAGAGACCUAAAACCAUAUUUGUAAACCAAAGUUCCAUUAUGGAGGCAGUUCUUUCAGGCCAGUCAGUAAAUCUCUUCUGUUCAGUUUUGUUAAACACCAGAGAAAACUCAGACCUGUGCUCAGGUAAACACAGAGUUUACUGGUACAGAGCUGGAUCAGAAUCACAUCCCCACCUCAUUUACACAACCAGAUCCAGCUGUGAUGUUCAAAAAGGAAUGAGAUGUAUCUACAAUCUAACCCAAACAAUAAGGGGCCUGUCGGAUUCUGGUGUUUACUACUGUGCUGUGGUCUUGUGUGGAGAAAUCCUGUUCGGUGAAGGAACCAAAGUGCAGAUAAAACAACUGUCCCCUGAUGCCAUCGUCCUUGGAUCCUUGUUAGCCUGUUGUGUACUCAUGAACAUCACUCUAAUUGUGAUGAGAACAAAGCAAAAGUGUGAGCAGUGCAAAGAGUUAAAAGCUUCGGAUCUCGCUGAGCAGGACAGAUCAUCUGAGGGUUAAUGAAAGGAUUUGGAUGGUGAAGAAGAUGGACAAAGUGGACAAAGAGCAAUAGCAUCACAACACAACUGUUUGGAUUUAAACAAGAGAAACAAUCUGAAAAGUAAAUUACCGGGAACUCUAACGACACACCCUUUUAUUAAUCAGAUGAAGAAAUGAAACUUUUUCUUAAUUUUAUGCUGUCUGUAUGUUAUUUUAGUCAUUUAAAGAAAAGAAAAGAAAUCACACCCAGGACUCUGCAUCAUUAGAUGUUCAGUUGUUUGUUUUUUCAUUCAAACUUUCUAAACACACAUAUAUUUACAAAUUUGUCAGAAUCAAUUUACUUUUUGCAAAAGUAUGUCCCCAUCAUCUCAAUCUGCCAUCAAACUGACAUCUCAUAUUUGCCUCUGCCUGCUUCAAAAAGAGAGACAACACCACCCCCAUCCUGUCGUUUCAUUUAAAAGGUAGCUGCAGUUUCAAAGCUGUGGUUUUUAAAGCUCGUCUCUGUCUGGAUUCUUUCUUCAACUAGGAUGUUUAGGGCCAAACCUCAAGAUGUAUCUGUACUCAUUGAUAUGUGACGCCACAUCAUUAUAUAUUUUCUUCUUUUCAAUUAAAUACCUUUCUGUUUUUUG